AUGUCUUGGGAACACGAUGCGCAACAGUACGGCCGACAACUUCUGCAUGCAGCCUCAAUGCGUUAUAGCAUUUUCCUCCCAUCUCUCUCCGGGGAGGACACGGCGAAGUGCACGGUGUUGGAGGCCGCAGGUGGCGGCAAUUGCUCGCUUCACAGCAUCUACAGGCUGCUGCACCCCGAGCGAGAUACGGUCGUGGGUGCAACACCAGAGGAGAUAAGAGAGACCCGCCAGGAAACGAUAGAUGAAAUGACAGCAGUUGCUUUCACUGAAAACUACGGUCAGUUACUGGACAACAAGGUGUCCGAGGAAGAAAUGCUGAGAUUGUCCAAUCUCGACGUCGACAAGGAGGACAUCCACAACCAACUGGGGUACGAUUUUUUGGCGGUAUGUCAGCUGGCGUUAGCAGCUGAGGUGAAGGAGUGGAAUAUCGUGGUCUUGGAAGCAAAAGCUGGAGCUGGGCUUCGAAUCGUGGAAGUAGGCAAGACCACGGGCUGUUUCAUCGGCAAUCUUUUUGGGAAGGAUUUUCUGCACCUGGUGUACAAUGACUGCGGGGGCUACAGUGCAGAUAGUUAUGCUGAGGGUGCGGUUACAGUGCGCAACCCGAGCAGCAGCAACGUGGCGGAAACAAAGCUGAACCACUUCAGCGCUAUCGCUGCAGACGAUUAUUGCCCGUGUCCAACCACAUCGGACAAGCGUUCGACGAAUUACCGGGGCUCUACCAUUGCUCUCGAUACUGGUGAUGAUGACGUGACCGAGACAAACAGCAGCGUGCGAUCUCUCCGUUCUGCUGAAGGUGCCCGGUCAGUCACAACCUCACCCACCGGCGUAUCAAAGCCGGACGCGCCGCCGAGGAAAGCGGCGAUCAAGCCCGCCACACCUCCUUCUUCCAGCAGCAUGUCGGCGACGACCGGGGCGAAUGAGACGCCGACGCCGGCGGUAACGCCAACCAAGCUCGCCAGCAGCAAAGCGCACGAGCUAUCCGUCGAAAAGAAGCAUGGAAAGCGCAAGCGCCGCGAGACUUGCCAUGAUUUGUUCGCCGGCGGGAAAAGGCAAGGGCAGCGCUGUGGGGCCGAGGCGAAAUCUCGCUGUGGUAUGCUCUGUAGCAUGCACAGUAAGAUGGGUGGCCAGAACCGUACUUGCGGUACGGGUGGAAACGGCAGUGAUGACGAUAUGGAAUACGUACAGGAGCCUGAGGGGGACGAGGAGAUGAACCAUGACGAGCCGUCCGUGACUAUCGAAAGUCCUCAGCAGAUCAACGCUAUGUUGGACAUGAUACCGGAGGGCUUGGGAAAGGCGACCUUGAAGCUCGUCUUCGAGUUGGUGCACCACACACAUGACUUCCGAAACGACCGCAAGCACGAAAGCUACAGAGGUACGACUUCGUUCGGCGAAAUCGAAAGUUUGGUGUACACGGAGUAUUGA